UCGUCUUUGCCCUCCUGCAUCUCUCCCAGACGGAAAGAAAAGAAGAAUCCUUUGAGGGUUUCAUAUCAGUUCCAUCGGAGUCUCACUUGAAGCUCGCAAGAGGCAUAUACCAAAUGUCCUUCUACGUCGCACCAGGCCAACAGCGCACUCUCCGCGCUUGCAUGGUCUGCUCUCUCGUCCAACUCCACAACAAAUUCAUGCGCGAGGGCUGCCCCAACUGCGAUCACGUCCUCGGCCUCCGUGGCAGCAACGACGCCAUUCAAGAAUGCACAUCACAAGUCUUCGAAGGGCUGAUUACCCUGAGCGAUCCGACUACGAGCUGGGUUGCACGGUGGCAGAGAUUAGAUGGAUACGUUCCGGGAACAUAUGCGGUUAAAGUGACAGGGACGCUCCCCGAUGAGAUUAUCGGGAGUCUGGAGGAUUCCGGCAUCAAAUACAUUCCGAGAGACGGAAGUUCUAUCGAAGAAGAAAGCUAAGCUUUCCAAACCACCUGUACUUGUAUCGUCUUCGACUUUCAUUAUUUAAACCAGGGAUAAGAAAAAGAUGGAAAGGCCGACAGAGGAUGGGGUUUGCCCGUUACCAAAUAGCAGAAUCUUUCGCAAGCCGAUUCGUUUUUGUUUACCUGCCUGCCUGCCUCCGUCUCGGUCUAAGUUUGCGGAAAUAUCCAUGGAGUUUUUGAGUUGGUUGGAUGGGAUGCAUACUUGCAUGGCUUGAUUUCGAUCAUUUCUUUUUCACCUGCUGUUUCCCUUUAUAUGUACUCUGUAAUAUGCAUGAUAUGACUCAAUGAUACCUAGGAAGGACUGCCGACAUUUAAAAACACGUUUGUUUUGAUAUUCGAAUAUCCUCCGUCAACAACAGA